ACAAAUCUUUCCCUUUCUCAUCAUCAUUCAUCAGUCAUCACCCACCCCAUAAUCUCUCGUAAAAUUCAGAAAUCAAAAUCAGAGUCCAAUCCUCAAAUCAUCUCAGAUAGACAAUAAGAGAAACACAACUAACCUCAACAACCCACCUCUCAUUUCUCUUCAAUGGCUUCCGCCACUUUCUCUGUCCUCCCUUCCACUCCUUCUUCCACCUUCAACCGUCACACCACCACCAAACUCUUCAAUCUCAACUUCCGCCAUUACACCAACCUCCGCAACAAACCCUUUUUCUCCACCACCAUCAAAUCUCUCUCUUCCCCAACUCCAACCCCAACCCUAACUCAAGACGACCUCAAAAAACUCGCCGCUGAAAAAGCUGUCGACUCCGUCAAAUCCGGCAUGGUUCUCGGCCUUGGAACAGGAAGCACCGCCGCAUUCGCCGUCGCAAGAAUCGGUGAGCUUCUAUCAUCCGGUAAACUCUCGAACAUCGUCGGAAUUCCGACUUCUAAGCGCACUCAAGAGCAGGCUGCUUCGCUUGGUAUUCCUCUCUCUGUUCUCGAUGAUCACCCUCGUAUUGACCUCGCCAUUGAUGGAGCUGAUGAAGUUGAUCCUGAUCUUAAUCUUGUUAAGGGACGUGGUGGUGCUUUAUUGAGAGAGAAGAUGGUUGAAGCUGCUAGUGAUAAGUUUAUUGUUGUUGUUGAUGAUACUAAACUUGUUGAUGGUUUGGGUGGUAGUCGUCUUGCUAUGCCUGUUGAAGUUGUUCAGUUUUGCUGGAAGUACAAUCUUAAGAGAUUGCAGGAGAUCUUUAAGGAGCUUGAUAUUGAUGCAAAGUUGAGAAUGGAAGGGGACAAGCCAUAUGUGACUGACAACUCAAAUUACAUUGUGGACUUAUAUUUCUCUACACCAAUUAAGGAUGCUGAAGCUGCAGGAAGGGAAAUUUCAGCCUUGGAAGGCGUAGUGGAACAUGGUUUGUUCCUGGGUAUGGCUACUGAGGUCAUUAUUGCCGGGAAAACCGGAGUGAGUGUGAAGACCAAGUGAUUUUUGUUGGUUGAUGGAUUCUGGGUAUGGAAUAGCUCUUUCUCCCACAGUAUGUGCUUGUUCUUCAUUUGCAUAUGCUCUCUCUCACUUCCUGUUAAUGUUUAGAUGGGUAUCUGGCUCUGGUUUGAAAUUUUUGUGCCCUUUGUUGUAUUCUGAUUAUUGUUGUGAUUUUGGCUAACUGUGUUGUGAAGUGUAGAUGUGAACCCAUGGCGAGAUACGAAGAUAGCUUAUUGAAUUGUGUACAUUAUGCUUUGGUGCAAUAAAUUCAUCAACUUUGCAUAGCGUGCA